AGACCCCGCAUCUCCUGGAUCAAAAUCUGCUCUCUAUACCCACAAUGACAAAUAAUCCACGCUUCUCUCGUCAAUACGGCCGUCGCUAUCAUUCCCUGGACCAGGCGGCGUCCAUUGCCAGUCUAGGAGAACGACGUCUGGGCAAGGUGCGCGUGGACUGCAAGCUGCGCAUGUCGCAGGCACAAUGGGGGACUCUCAACGCGACCGAGACACCGGCCGGCAUCCUGUACAUGGACCUCACCUUCGACCAGCCCGUAGACUGCAAGCUGCGCCGGGCGACAGUGCUGGUCACCCUGUCUGCGAGUAAUUUGGCAGCACCGCCGCGACACCCCGGGGCCGGCCCGGGCGACAACAGAGACAGCCACCUGCUGGUCACUGAGCACUACGGGCCGCAGUGCCUCGUGGGCGACGACACACGCGUCGAGUCCACCAAGACGUAUCACCUCACGCCGAACCUGACCGUGCUCGGGAAUGGGGGCGGCGGCGUUGGAGUCGACCGGGAGCGGCGGUCAACCGAUACCGGCCGGUGGACGUUCACAGGCCGGGUGAGGCCCGGUUCCGGGCAAGAUGACGGCGGUAACGGGCCGGACGGGUGUUACUAUCGCACGCUGAAGUGGGAGCUGACGGAGAACCACCUGGAGACCGGCCCGUGUCUGCGGCCCGAGUUCCAGACAGGGUUUGCCUUUGAGUACGCGCGCAGGCCCUUCUACAUGUCGAUCAAUAUCAAUGGGGAGCUGUACCGGCCGAGCGAUCGGGUGAAACACCGGCUCAGCAAGCUCCGUUUUGCCAGGGAGAAGCCCUCGGUCACACUCGUCGAUGUCCGGGGGACGACGCAAUUCACUCAGCGGCUCGAUCGGGUGGUCGUUGACUUGCCUACCGCAAUGCAACAGGAGAACAGCCGGCACAUGGCCUUCCGUCUGCUGGAUAUUGACCAGACAUCAUCGCCGGCAGAGCCGGAAGAGGCUGCCGAUUCACUGGGGUCGCUGGAUGUGCCAUCACAGUCUGUGGCAAUGGAUUCUCCUGCGGCACUGACUGCUGCUAUCCAUUUAUAUUCCCGAGACGCACCACGCCCAGUACCUACAACAGGCGCAAGUGAGCGGGUAGAGGUUCUGGAGGAACAGUCGAGCAGGACGGACGUGGCAGAGAUAUCACCAGAGACAGACCCGAAUGAGGUCCUGAACUGGGUGAUGGAGUCCCCUGUGCUGCUGUUUCUCCUACAGAUUAUAGCCCGCAUGUUCCUGUCGCCCUCCAGGAAACCAUUGGCUACAGUCUCAGCUUCAGAUCCGGCCCUAUUAAACGGAUCUGAGAUGGGGAUCCAGCCAUCGCAGGCUGCAGAUCAGAAACAACAUAUCUUGCUUUCACUGCCCAAAGCACCUAGUGAAGGAGUGAGAAAAGUGAAAUUGAAUUAGUAGAGUUGAUAUUCAAUUUAAGGAUUAG